GGACACAGUUUAUCAUAUCUCCUAACGGCUAGUUUUUUCAGUCAUUCAAUUCCUCUUAUUUUUCCUUACAUUCGAUCCGACGAAACAACCUUCUUCUUCUCUCUUCUUACUGUCGAAAAUCUCUUACAGUGAGUGGUUUUUUUAUGUGUUUCUUCCAUCCCAACGCAUUCGAUUGUUUCAUAGUUACCCAGUAAUCACUGAAUUUUGGAGCGGAAUUAUAAAUUAAAAAAAUGGCUGAACCAACCGCCGAUUCAACGGCGGCGGAGCAAGCUCCGCCGCUCACCAUCCGCCGUCCACGGGUGAGAGAAGUCAGUUCCAGGUUCAUGUCACCUUCAAUUCAGUCGAACUCAACCCCAUGCCCUUCCGGUUUGCCGCGCUCCAAAUCCACCCACCACCGCCACCCUACCGCCGCCGCCGAUGAAAAUCAAAUCCCCGAAGUCAAUCGUAGCUUCGAAAAAUUCCCCUCUUCAAUUGCACCAACCGCAGGGAGGAAACCGCACCAACAGCAGCGGACGAAGCAGCAGCAGCCGCCGCCCAAAGAAAACGGAGAUCCCAAAUCCGAUAUUAGGGUUUUAUCCAGACCCGGCACACCUAUUGCUAUGGGUACGGACAGAGUAAUUCCGUCUAGAUACAAACAACUUUCGAACACCCCGUGCCGUUCGAAUUCCCUGAGUAGCAGCAGCAAUGGCUGUGCCGCCGUCACGGCGGCAGCCAGGCUGCUGCAAGAAGCCACCUCCGAUGUGCAGAAAAAGCUCCCAAAGAUUUCAACUUUGAGCCGCGACGAUAUGUACACCUCUAGUAGCACCAGUAAUUGUACUACUACUACUUCAAAUCAGGGCAGUUCUUCGUGCCCUAAUUCUCCACUUUGCGUGCCGAGUACUAACAAGGUACGGAAUGUUCCGGAUACCCGUUCGUCUAUGCCGGAUGCUGGUAAAUGGCUUGGAGAUAGGAUUUCUAGCGGCAAAAUGGGAGGUGAUUGUGCAAGAUCGCUGAAUUUUUCGUCUUCUAUGAAGGUUGGGGGAGGUAUUUCUUUACCUCCACAUCCUUCGUCGUGUAUAAGGUCGGGAUUGGAUUUGAGGAAAGGAAAGAAGGGGUCCAAUUGUCAAGAAGAUGUGCAUUGUCUUAAGAUGUUGAGUAACCAUUAUUUGCAAUGGCGUUUCGCGAACGCGAAAGCAGAGUCCUCCGUUCUUGCUCAGAAGCAGGAAGUUGAGAGGAAGUUGUAUUCACUAAACGGAAAGAUAUCAGAUAUACGUGAAAAUGUCAAAAGGAAGCACAGUGAACUUGCAGUAUUGCGACGAAUAAAGACUUUGUCUACAAUUGUUGAAGCUCAAAUGCCGUAUCUUGAUGGAUGGGCUGAUAUGGAAGAGGAUUACUCUGCUUCUCUAAUAGGCACGACAAAUGCAUUGGUCAAUUCCUCAACCAGACUUCCCAUCAGUGGAGAAGUGCGGGUUGAUGUUGGAGAGCUAGGGGAGGCUCUGCACUCGGCUUUCAAGGUGGUCGAAUUGAUCGGUUCUCAUAUUCAGGGAUUUAUUCCAAAAGCUGAAGAAAUGGAUACGUCAGUAUCUGAACUAGCAAGGAUGGCUCGUGGAGAAAUAGCUCUCGUUGAAGAGUGCGGUGAUUUACUAUCCAAGACAUCUAUAUCUCAGGUGAAAGAAUGCAGCCUAAGGAGUACUGCAAUACAAAAUAAUAGAAGUAUUCAAUAUCAGAACAACCACGAGAGUCGAGAUACAGAACCGUAGAGAGAAUCACAUCAUCCGAGUGAGGUUAUGCAAUUUAUAUAUACCCUGAAAAAUAUUGUAAAAUCAAUUUUGCAAUCGAAAUACAAAUAAAUGAUUUUUUUGUGAGCAAAUUAAUUUUGGCUUCAAUUGAAGCCCUUGAAAUAUGUAAAUAAUGUUCUUUUCAGAUAUAGAGCUUAAAAUAUCG